AUGGUAAGACGGCGGAUCCUCAGCUCGAUUCUUCCGAGGAUUCAGGCGCUUAGAAGCUACCGCUCGACUUUUGUGCAGGGCACCCGACUGGAGUACGUCUCCUACAGCACGCUACGUAAUCAAAUGGAGGCGCCACCCAUUGUGGUGAUGCACGAUCUCAAUUUGUCAGGGGAAUCGUGGCGCCAUGUGGCUAGCAAUCUUAGUCAGCAUGGUCUGCGCCAGGUGAUCACGGUGGACGCUCGUAAUCAUGGCCUCAGUCCGCACAUCUCCGGUCACUCAGCGAUGCAUUUAGCGGCCGAUGUGGAGGCCUUAAUGAGCCACCAGAGCCUCACAAAGAUCGUGGCCCUGGGACACGGAAUGGGCGGCAGGGCGAUGAUGACCCUGGCUUUGACUCAACCGCAGCUCGUGGAAAGAGUCAUCCUGGUGGACAUCACCCCUGCACCGGUGCCCAGCAACUUUUAUCUCACGCGACAGGUGUUCGAGAUGAUGCUACAGGUGGCGCCCACCAUUCCUCGUAAUCUAUCCCUCUCCGAGGGUCGCAUGUUCAUCCUGCCCAUCUUCCAGGACGUCGUCCAGGAUGUGACCGAACUUCAGCGCGUUGUCUUCAAUUUGCGGAAGAUGCAGGAUGCUUCCUUCGGCUGGGCUGUGAAUCCGCAGGCGGUUCUGAGCUCCUGGUCGGACCUCAUGAUUGACUACGAGUCCACUUUGGGUGGACUAAGUCCCUAUAUGGGCGAAGUCCUUCUCAUUGCCGGUUCGCAGUCGGAGUUCGUCACCUCAUCCAGUAUUUCAGUGAUGCAGCGGUAUUUCCCUAAUACAGUAGUUCAGAUCCUGGACGCCGGGCAUUGUGUGUACGAGGAUCAGCCGGAACAGUUUGUGAAACUGGUCGUGGAGUUUACGCAAGUUUGCCUAGUUUGCUGA